GCUCGACAUGCAUUUGCAGGCCCGGUUCAACCGAUCCGGUUCGCCAAUUCCAUCAGCUUCUCUUUCUCGUUGAGGAAGGGAAACCCGAUACCCGCGAGAUAGACGGAGACGGCGGGACUGCCCAGCUCAGUCUCUUCGAACGUCCAGCUCUCUGGCUUGGACAAUCGCAUGGAGCCGAUCGCGUCAUUCGUCGAAUCGCUUCAAGGGUUGGCCAAAUCGAGCCAGGAGUUCGUCUCCGGCGUCAUUCGCCGCCGCGAAGGCUCCGCCCGUCGCCGUCCGAUUGAAAUAUUAAAGCGGUUGCAGAGGGAAGCAUUUUCAGAUAUUAUGAAACUGAGGGACAGACAAGACAAAGUCGAGCGCGUCCUAUCUUUUUAUAAGACUUCCAAGGAUAGUCCAUUUCAGGAAGCCAGUACCCAUGUGAGGGGGGAGGUUGAUGUUUUGGGAGGUCUUUUGAAGAUUAAUAAUGUUGAUCAGCAGGAUUAUGGUCCUUUCUCAGGAGCUGGAAUUCGAACUGGAAUUGACACGAAAUUCACUUUCGAAACAACUGUCCGCGAGAAAGACGUGCUUGCGGCACAGUUUAUUGCCAGUCAAAGGGGCAGAGAACAUGCAGAUGGUUUUCUAGAAAGCCCACCACUUUCCCUAGCAAAAGUGUUCUACAAGGCACAUCUCAGUGAUUGGUUUUCUGUGAUGGCAGUCCCAGUUGGAGCUCAAUGCAGAGAUGUUGGUGUCAUUUCAAGUUGUUUUCAUCAGGGAAAGGGUCUCACUGAAUCUUCGUGCUCUGGACCUCCCCUGAUAAAUCAUCACAGUGGCAGUGCCAUCGGACUAACCGUAAGAAAAUCAAAUAUCGCUGCUUCCUUCGGUCAUUGUGUUUCUGGAUUGCGGAGGCACAUCGGUUCUCAUGAAAUUGAGCAGCUGUUUAGUACUUUCGGUCAAGUUGUGUGUCAAAUUCCAGGGAAAACAGAACUCUCUCUUUUGGGAGUGAGCACAGAAGGUUACGCCUCAUCUGGAUCUGUCGCUCUGAUGCUGGAGUCGGAGCUGGACGAGGAUAUUAGAUUAGGAGCUUGGAUGGAGAUGAAAAGGUCGAAUCCCAAACGCGUAGAAUGGGCUGUCAGCUUGUCUAACGAUUGCAAUGAUGAACCGGGCUGGGGUUUAAGUCUCGGUGGGACAUCUGAAGGUCAGUCCAGGUGGGAUCGGUUUCAGGCCGAAACUUAUAUAAAAUUCAACGUAGGCAAGAAAUUCAACCUGCGCCCUGGUAUUUUACAUGUAGUUGAUGGGAAUGCUAAAUUAACAGCUUUUAUGCUUCGGUCUAACUGGUCCUUUUAGUUUCUGUACAUGUAACAGGGCCUAGUUCCAAUUCUUUUUGAGGUAGGGUGUUAGCCUUAAUCAUUUAUGGUGGUGGCAAAUCAUUUUCUUUCCUUUAUCACAUGUAAUCACUUAGAUUAUGACCAUAUAAUAGCAGAUUGGCAUGUUUGAGAAAAGGGUAGGAACUGAGGAAAGUUGUCCAGUUUUGAUGCUCUGUCAGAACUUGCUAGCCGGAAUGCUGCAGAACAGCUUGUCAUUAAGGGUAAAUGAAAAGGCUAUCGAAUAGCAUACUGGACUGAUCAUGAUUGAAAA